AUGGUUGGACUCAAUGGUUCAGCACUGGAUAUUGAUUUCCUACAAUAUCAGCCUUUCAUGGUUAUGAUAGAAUGGCCAACCUAUAUCAAAGCAUCUUUUGUCAUGAUGAUUUCUGUGCUCUUCAUCUACUUCAACAGCAUCAUGUUCUUUGGUAUAUGUAGCAAGCCCACAUUGUGUGAGACCUCACGUUAUAUCCUCUUCAGCCAAAUGCUCCUCAGUGAUUCCAUUCAUUUGGUGUUGGGUUCAUUAUUGUACUGCUUUAGCUUAUCCAGUGUCACCCUCACCAGGGUCAUCUGCUCUGUUAUCAUCCUCUUGUCGAGCACAACUUUCCGCAACGCCCCUCUAAACCUGGCAGCGAUGUCGCUGGAGCGCUAUGUGGCCAUCUGCUUCCCUCUCCGGCAUGCUGACAUUGCCAGCCCGAGAAGAACUGGCAUCACCAUUGUGGUGGUGUGGUUUCUUGGCUCUAUAAAUUUUGUAAUAGACAUUUUUAUCUCAGCCAUCACAGACAAUCAGUACCUCACUGGAUACGUGUAUUGCACACGGGAGCGUUUAUUUUUGGCCAAAUGGCAGUAUGACAUGUAUCAAGGCUUCAAUGGCUUCUUCUUUGCAGCUGUGGGUCUCACCAUCAUCUACACCUAUGGAGGCAUUUUGGUGGCGGCCCGGUCCAUCAAAGCCCAGAAGGCCAGCAGGACAGUGUUGCUCCAUUUGAUCCAACUGGGCUUGUGUCUCACCUCCUUCCUGUAUGGUACCAUUGAGAGGGCGCUAGCUGUGUUCAGCUCCUCACUCUUUAACAAUCUGCGCUACCUCAAUUUCCUCUUCAUCCUUCUCCUACCCCGCUGCUUGAGCCCUCUCAUCUAUGGGCUGAGGGAUGAGAGCAUCUGUCCCCUUUUCCUCUACUACCUCCGCUGUGGCCCCUGGAAAGUAAAGCCUGUCACAGCGCACUUCUGA